GAGACAGCAUGGCUCAUUCACUCAUAACCAACUCUACUGCCCGGGACGUUACUGUUGUGGACUACCUCACCAUUUAAUCGUGAAUACGACAGAACAUACUAAUUUAGACUUCAGGCGUUUGUUUGUUUGUAGGCUAUUCAUCGCAGUUCGUUCUCAGAGGUAGUUAGGUAGGCUAAAAUUCGGCUCACUCAAUCCUGACAUUUUGGAGGCUACGCAACAGGGCAGCGUCUAUAUUCUGUUUAUAGCCUACCUAAACGUCAAAGUCUGACAAUACAAACAGAGCGCACGUCUUCAUUCACAUGUUGGAGAAUGAUGUGCCAAUGGACAUUCGCUGUUGUUUUGAUGAACUCAAACUAACUAUAGUUACCGGCUCUUAACCCGUGCUGUUCUGCGCUGAGAAUCUGUCGGGUUGUGGAAUGGGAAGUGAAAAACAUUCAAGGACCUGAAAUUGUCUACAUAUAGCCUAUUUAUUUAUUUAUUUACUUUAUCCUGGAAAAUAACUCUUUCUGGCUGUGCGAUCAAUCGCGAGAGAGGAUGCGCUUGAGAUGAAUGCAUUCUCGGACUGGACUAUUGGCAGACAGCGAAAAGACUAACCAGCCCCUGUCAUUCUUAGAUUUUUAUCUUAGUCUCUUUCUUAUCAUCUACAAGUAACUGUGACUCUCUGAAGGACUUCUUCAAUCCUUGCUUUGCGGCUGAAUAGAACUGUCGUCACCUUUUUGUAGAGUAAAAGACGCAUAAUUAAGUAGCUGUUUAAAGAGAAUACAUAUCACACGUGGGGAUAAUCAACAAAAACUGACGUGAAGAACCUUUCUGCCUGAUCAGUCGCAGAUCUCAGUCACUCAAAACUGAAACUUUUAGAAAUGCCGCAGGUGGAAAUGUUUUAUUUGGUGUUUAUCAGCCUGUGGAUGACUGUGCUGGGCCUGGAUCCGGCGUCUAAGGUUGUGGCGGAUCGAUAUGCUGUCUACUGGAACCGAACAAACCCAAGGUUCUACCGAGGAGACUACCACAUUGACGUAUGCAUUAAUGAUUAUUUGGACAUAUACUGUCCCCACUACAUGGAGACAGUCCCUGAGGAGAGGACAGAGCACUACGUCCUCUACAUGGUCAACUAUGAUGGUUACAGCUCUUGCGACCACACGUCCAAGGGUUUCAAACGCUGGGAGUGCAACCGGCCCCACUCGCCCAACGGGCCCCUGAAGUUUGCCGAGAAGUUUCAACUAUUCACGCCUUUCUCAUUGGGAUUCGAAUUUAGGCCAGGCAGGGAAUACUACUAUAUCUCAUCUCCAGUCAGUGUAAAUGGAAGACGGAGCUGCCUGCGGCUGAAAGUUUUCGUCAGACCUUCGAACAACUGCGAAAAAAGCCAUGACCGUGUCAUCAAGAUCAAUGACGGGGACGUUAACUCGAUAGAAAAUAAUAAUGAUGGAACGAGCCAUGAAUCUGCUGAGCCAUCCCGAGGUGAUGUCAACUCCGUUGGGUGCAUUGAGACUGUAGGGCCCUUGUUGGCUUCAGCACUGGUUCUCUUGGCUUCCCUCUCAUCUUUAUAGCAUCCUGUAUGUGUAUCCACAUGUGAAGCAUGACAGAGGAGGACUCGGGAACGAGCACUUUUAACAAACCUUUGAGAUUCUUUCUGGACUGAAAAGUACUUCCUCACGCAAGAAGACGCUACAAGUCUUUAUAAAUGUUUCUCAUCCCUCAGCGAUACGACUGGAUGGAUUUCAAUGAAAAAUUUGAGGCCCCACCCCACCAAAACCCUCUCUUGUACACACAAAAAAACACAUGCACAUAAAAAUAGGUUUGUGUCCACUGAGCGCCCCUAUGUAAUGUCGGAGAGGGCCUAGAAAUUGAGGGCAGAGAAAGAAAAAUGACUUUUCACAAAGACUGCUUUCAGUGUUACUGUCCAGAAAAGAGAAGUCUUAUAACAGAGCAACCAAGGGAUCUUGUCAAUAAGAGGACUCCUAUAUAAGGAUUAUAACUACUUUGUCACUAUGGACUCAACGGCUGACUCUUCUAGAAAUCAAGUACACUACAAUUGUUGCCUGAUAGCAUCCCUAUUAAAAACGGUUUUAAUAUCUAAACCAGAGGAGUCCAUGUGGACUCUUUCUCAGGUGAACGGUGAACAUUUUUAAAGAGUUUUCGUAGAUUAAAAAAAAAAAAAAGAUAAGCACUCGUUUUGUACAUUGUGUACAGAUAUGGGACUGAAAGGCGGAUGUUGUGUUCUUGAAGUAAACUGAUCAAUUUAAGUGUAGCUGCCAAAAUGGAUGUUUUGUUCGAGAAUAUGGAGUCUCACUGAUCAAUCGUUUGAGUGAAUAUACUAAUUUUUUUGGUGACUCAUCUUUUUCUUAUUUAUUGUUCAGUCUUUGUGCGCUUGACACAUUGUUGUGCUAGUCAUCCGCCGGGAUUCGGGAGAAAAGGAACACAAAAUGCCUACCUGCAGCAGGACUUCAGUUAACUUAUCUCUUCGUUAAGAUUCAUUUUUCAUUGCAACAUUGCAGAAUAACCUCUGAUUUUGGGCUAAUAUUUUAGUGAAUUAAGUCAAUUUUUGAAAUGACAUCAGGGAAAAACAAUCUUUGACCGUUACCAUUAGCUAUCCAUAUAAUUUCCAACUGGGGCCAUGCCACCCUUCACAGUGAUGGUAGGGUCCCCCUAAAGGGGUCCAUUGUCACAGGGGUAGGGAGGAAGUGGGGGAAAUGUUUUGCAUUAUAAAUGUUUACUGUCUUUUUACCCUUUAGUAAUCAAAAUAAUUAGCAUUAACAUUUUAAUUGUGUCUACAAUGAGCCAGCAGAAUUGUUAAUUUACACAUUAUGUUUAAUUUUUGCAAGCAUGAAAAGUAAUUAAAUUAUUGCCUCAUAUCCGGAAAACACAAUUCUCACGUGGGCUUUCUUUGAGCAUAAUGCAUUUCAACCAUGUAAUUGUUUUGUUUUUAUUUAUUUAUUUUUUAAUCCGGAACUGUGCAAACUAAAAGCUCAUCUAGGAACUACUAAAACAGUAGCAGAACGCUGACAGAACGUUGCUUCCACCCUGGUGGCAGCUGACACCCUGACGUGAUUUAAUAGGCUCUUUGAUGUUGUCCAAAGUGCUUGGCACGCAGACCACAUACUGCGAGGCCUCAUGUAGGUUAUUUCUGGAAUUAAAAAAUCGACUGUAGCAAGGGAGGAGCACGGUGUCCAGUUCUGCCACAGGCUAGCAUUACUCUCAUGAACUUGGCUCGAGAUGGGGAAAGAUGAGAUCUCCUGCUGGGAUCAAUAGUAAUGGGCUUUACAGACACAAAAACAGGGUAAAUAUUUGCCCCAGUCCCUGUACUGUUUGGUUGAAUGGUUUUCAUGCACUGCAAGGGUCAUUGGUUGCAGUAGGUUUUCCAUUCACAUCUAUAUAUUGAUGAAAAUUGUCUCCACUGGAAAAGUCAUAAAUCACACAAUGAAAGCAUUUGUUACAAUAUGUAGCUGUGUUUGGAGUCUGACUUGGAUUCCUUGAUGGAGCAUUUUGCUCACACAGAUUAGCUAUUUGGGUUCUUUUUAAACAGGUGACACAAGAGCACAUGUGUCUUAAGGAUGCUAUGUAUUCAUAAAUUGUCGAGCAAACAAUAUUGUGUGGAGAUUAAGAUAAUUAAGAGAUAAAUUAGACAUUAAGAAAUAAUGCAGUAAAUGAACCAUGAUAUCAAAUACACUUUUUUAUCUGCUAAUACUCUGCAAGCAUAUUACUUUCGUUUUUUAUUUUUUUAUUAUGAGUUACAAUCAAGUUUUUAAAUGUUUGUUAAAACUAUAGGGAGGGUGUGCGGUUACAUCCUGAAAACCACCAAUGUACUAUUAUUACUUAAAUAAAACAAUUUAAACACUACAAAAAAAUGUGUAAAGCUCCAAAUGCCAGAAGAAUUGUUGAUGUCCAUUUACUGUCACAGUUACAAACCAUGGAGGACAAAUUAAUUAGACUUAAUUAAGGAAACAGUAUUUUUGUAAAAUGACUGCCAUGUAUUUUCUUGUCCAUAUUCUGUUUGUUUCAAAGUGGUACCACAAUUUCCAUUAGUUCUUUUUCGUAUGAGUCAAAGGAAUGACAAUGAAAUGCCAACAUGUUUCAUUCAGCUCUUGUCUUAUUGGGCAUUUCAUCAUAAGGCAUUUGUGUUCCUACAUUUUCUCACCUAAUCUUUUUUGUCCCAGAAAAAUUUAAUCAGUGUUAAUCCACAGCACACUUGCUCUGUCAUACAGCUGUGAAGACUGAUGUUUAUAUCAAAAUUUUCUUUAGCUUAUUGGCUGUGUUGCCUGAAUAUUAGAUAUUUGCUGUGACGUCUCUGACAGUACAGUGCUGACUUGCAUUAUGAUAUGACACGUUUUUAUAUCUUCAAAUACAUUGUUUGUAAAUACACUUGCUGGAACAGCUUGAAUAAAUUUAC